AUGCCAUACCAGAGGACGGAUCCUCUCGCGAAUGCCUAUUUCCAAAACCUUGCAACGGAGGUGACAGGGGCCGAUCAGGGGCAGGGAGUGGACCUGGUCUUCUAUGGGGACUCCAUCACAGAGUCAUGGCGGGGUACAGCGCUUGGCAGUCUCACUGCUAGGUGUGCCGGAUCACCCGCCGUCUUUGAGAAAUACUUCCAGUCCAGGACGCUGGAUGUGUUGCGCUUCUUGAGGGACAGCAACCCUUCAAGCCAGGUCAUCGCCAUGGGAAUCCUGCCCCGGGGCUGGGAGGAUGAAGCGCGCCGCUAUACCUGGCCCAGCAGAUACUCGCCGAGCAUUGCAUUCGUCAAUGCAGCACUGGCGCAGUAUGCCAGCCAGGACGACAUGAUCCUCCCAGAACGUAUGCCGGACGGCCUGCACCCCAGUGCUGUUGGCAUGGAGCUUAUGGCGCAGUGUUUGCAGCCCCUCAUUGACCAGCUCAUGGCACUUUAA